GACACAGACGCGAGACGGCGGUGUCAGGUCACGUGAGGAGGACUUUGUAGUUGGAGGGUAGCCGAGUGUGUAUUUAUUAAUGCUUCGGGCGUUUUACUGGAAUUUGGGAAGGAGAAAAAAAAAAAAAAAAUCAGUUUAUAGUAAAUGACGAAGGAGCACUGGUUUAAAUAUAAGCCAACGUGGAAGGUUGGAACGCAGAGCACAGAGUCUCACAGAGCUACUCACGAGGGUUUUUGACUGAGUCUAAUAAUUAUUCGCACCAAGUUACUACUAGCCUAAGCAGGUGGUUUUCACACCCAGUAUGUUCGGCUUUUUUAUUGUUUUCCUGCUGCUGCAGACUACACACUCACACACAGUCGGCAAAUCAAUUUACCUGGUAAUCGUCAUUUCGCAGACUGUGAGCGGAAACGCGGAGACGUUAUGCGCUCACCUGCUCCCGAAGGAACCGGUCACGUUCACUGUGACCCUGGUGGGGGAGCCAGUGGGAAACAGGACCCUGCUGAGAGAAACGGUCACUCGGGACUUCCAUCGUUGUGUCGCUUUCCAGGUUCCUGCUGUCUCCGCUGCCACAACAGCCGCCAUACACGCUUCUGUGCAGGGGGCCUCCGAGACUCUGCAGAAGAUAACCGAGUUCAUCAUCAAUCCCAGCUCCAAUGUCGUCGUCAUCCAGACUGACAAACCCAUCUACAAGCCAGGACAGAUGGCAAUGUUCCGCAUUGCAGCAAUGAGCACCAGCUUUUUGUCUCUCAAUCAAAUAUUUCAAACUGUGGAGCUGCAGGAUCCAAAUCGCAAUCGUAUUGCCCAGUGGUUAAACCAGUCAUCAGUUAGUGGGAUUCUUGACUUCUCCUAUCCCAUAGCUACUGAAGCAAUGCAGGGGGUUUAUGUCAUCACUGCCUGGGAUGAGAGAGGGAGGAAAACCUCCCACAAAUUUCAAGUCAAAGAAUAUGUUCUUCCCAAGUGUGAGGUGAAGAUACAUCUUCCAAAUUUUAUAUCUGUUCAGGACAAGAGGACAACUAUAAAAGUUUGUGGGAAGUAUACUUAUGGGAAGCCUGUCUUUGGGUCUGUGAAGGCACUUGUGUGUCUAAAAGCUUCUUUGCACCGUCAGAUUGGCUCAACACCUGGCUGUUUCACAUUUAGAAUGAGUAUGGAGAAAACCGGUUGUGCUACAGAAACUAUUGACCUGAUUCCAAUGAAGCUACAAGAAAAUUAUAAUUUGAGAGUUUUAAGUGUUGACUGUGAGAUAGAGGAGAGUGAGACUGGUGUGACCCUGAAAGGAAGUGGCAGCACGUUCAUUCUCAAAAACAUAAUUACCAUUUCAUUUCAGGACACACAGCCUCAUUUCAAGUCAGGGAUUCCAUAUUACAUCAAGGUGAAAGUAGCUGGGAGUAAUUCUGCCGCUUUAGAAAAUAAGCCAGUUUCUCUCCUGGUGAAACAUGGAUACAGCUCUGACAAAUGGACAUUGACCACAGACAGCAAGGGCAUUGCUCAACUGUUGGUGGACACGUCCUCUUGGAUGGAUGAAAUUGUCCGUCUUGAGGCCCAUUACAAGGAAGACACGGAUUCACAUAGAACACUUGGCUUUCAAAUUCCUGCUCAAAUUAAAUCUGCUUACUUUUCAGUGCAAAAGUUUUAUUCAAACGGUUUGAACUUUGUGAAGAUUAUGCAAAUUGAUGGGGAGGUCCCCUGUGAUUCAGAAGGACUUCUCAAAUCUCAGUACAUCAUCCAAAGGAGUGAGCUACAAAAUGACCAAGAACUACUCACCUUUUUUUAUCUGGUGCUGUCAAGAGGCAGUGCUGUUCAGCAUGGACAUAUUGAAAUUGCUGUUAAAGAUGGAGUGAACAAAGGUGAGUUUACAGUCCAUGUACGACAGACCAGAGACCUGGCUCCAUACGCUCAGGUGGUUGUAUACACAGUGCUUCCAAGUGGGGAAAUAGUCGCUGACAGCUCUACUGUUCCCAUCCAGAAAUGUCUGAAGAACAAGGUGUCGCUCAAGUUCUCCUCACUCCAAGAGCUGCCAGGGAAGAAGACAACAUUGGAUUUGACUGCUGACCCUGGAUCUCUCUGCUCUCUGAGGGCUGUCGAUCAGAGUGUGUUGCUAAUGGAACCUCAGGUGGAAUUGACUGUGGACUCUGUAUAUGGCAAGUUGGAACUUUUAAAGAUGUCUGGAUAUCCAUCCAGUGUGACUGAUCGUGUGCCACAAAGAUGCUACCACACUUCAGAGUUGUGGAAUAUAGAGUUCUGGGACCGUUAUUCUCGCCGCAUUAAUGCUCAAAGGCAUCGUAAAAUCUAUGACACUUACUGGAUCUUUAAGGGAUUGCAGCGAGCUGGAGCCUCACGCAGCAGUCAGGAAAUUGGAGUUAAGAUCUUGACCAAUUCUGAUGUUAGAGAACCCAAGAUGUGUUUUUCUCAGUACUCUAAAGAAAAUUUGACGGAGAUCAUCGAACUGCUCCAUUUCUUCAGCCCUAAUGGUUUUUAUGUGAGAAAGAAAACAGCGGAAGUCAUGAAGUUCAACCAACCAAGCCAGCCAGAAAUACCUAAGGAAAGCAUCCGCACAUACUUCCCAGAGACCUGGAUCUGGGAUCUGGUGCCGAUGGGCGAUUCAGGCUCAGUGAAAGUAGAACACACUGUGCCGGACACAAUCACAAAAUGGGUGGCUGGGGCGUUCUGCUCCUCCCCCACAGGCUUUGGUUUAGCCCCCAACACUGACCUCACAGCCUUCCAGCCCUUCUUCGUCAGCCUCACCCUGCCUUACUCUGUCAUCCGAGGUGAAGCGUUUACAUUGAAAGCAACUGUGUUCAACUACCUCUCCAAAUGUAUCAUGGUCCAGGUCAAUCUCAAUGAGUCGGCCCAGUACGCAGCCCAGCCCUGUGAAGGGUGCAAGUAUACCCACUGUUUGUGUGGAGAAGAAAGCAAAACGUUCAAGUGGAUCCUGAAACCUGCUGAUCUUGGGGAGGUGAGUGUAAACGUGAGAGCAGAGGCCCUGAGGACAGAGGAGCUCUGUGGCAGUGAGGUGGUCACUGUGCCUGAGAGGGGACGCAUUGACACCGUUGUCAGGACACUGCUGGUUGAGGCAGAGGGCACUAAGGAGACCAUUAUCCACAACUCUUACUCCUGUUCUAUAGGGAGCCUAGUGGAGAAAAAUGUUCCUUUGAAGCUGCCGGAAGUGUUUGUUCAGGGUUCUCAUAAAGCCUUCCUCUCUGUUAUGGGUGACCUGAUGGGCCGUGCCAUGAAGAACUUGGGCAGCUUACUGGCCAUGCCAUAUGGCUGUGGGGAGCAGAACAUGGUACUGUUUGCCCCCAACAUCUAUAUUCUCAGGUACCUGGAAACCACUAGGCAGCUGACUGAGGAGAUCAAGGCCAAAGCUACCCGCUUCCUGGAAAAUGGCUACCAAAGAGAGCUUAACUACAAGCAUCAUGAUGGAUCUUACAGCGCUUUUGGAAAGGCAGAUGGGUCUGGUAACACCUGGCUCACUGCCUUUGUUCUUAAGUCCUUUGGGGGGGCAAAACCAUACAUCUUUGUUGAUCCAAGACACAUCACUGAUGCCAUAAACUGGCUGAGUCGGCAUCAGCAACCCAGUGGCUGUUUCAUGGCUGUUGGAAAACUCUUUAACAAUAAAAUGAAGGGUGGAGUCAGCGAUGAGGUCUCCCUUACUGCCUACAUCACUGCAGGUCUUCUUGAGCUAAACAGAAAUUCCACUACCUCCAUGGUGGCAAGAAGUUUGUCUUGUCUGAAAAAUGCCUCUGGCCAGCUGGAGAACCUGUACACCACUGCAUUGCUGUCCUACACUUUUACCCUGGCUGGGGACCAGGAGAUGAGGAGCAAGCUCAUCGCCCAUCUGGCUAGUAAGGCUAAGAUCUCAGGAGGAUCUUGGCAGUGGCAGCACUUGGACACAUCAAGCAAGAAGACCGAUUCUCUGGAGGUAGAGAUGGCCUCCUACAUGCUUUUGGCCCUGCUUUCAGGUCCACAGCUGCCCGGGUUUGGCCUGGGCUAUGCCUCAGUCCUCGUUCGCUGGCUUGUCCAGCAGCAGAACCCAUAUGGCGGGUUCUCCUCCACACAGGACACAGUGGUGGCCCUGCAGGCUCUGUCACUGUAUAGUUCUGCCACUUUCAGUCCAGAGGGUGACACUACUGUGACUGUGACUUCUGGUGGUGGAUACAAGCAAGAGUUCAAACUUAAUCAGCAUAACCGGUUUCUGUACCAAGAGGAGGAGUUGGAGGUGCCAGGAGACUAUAGCAUCAAAGCAGAAGGCAAGGGCUGCGCACUUGUGCAGAUCACUGUACACUACAACAUUCCCCCUCCUGCAGAUUUUUCUGCUUUCAGCAUCACAGCCACCGCAGAGGGACCCUGUAACAGAGCAAGAAAGACUUUAAAUGUGACAAUAGAAGUGUGGUACAACGGGAGAAGAGAAGAAACCAACAUGGUGAUCGUCAGUAUUAAGCUCCUGUCCGGAUACCUCCCAGACAAAGCAUCCCUCCAAACUUUAAGACAGCAGCCUACUGUAAAGCGCAUUGAAGAGAAUGAGGGCCAUGUCAUCAUCUACGUGGAUGAGGUGAUGACAUUAAGCAUGAAACCAUAA